CAAAAAUGACAUACUUGGGGACUGUUAUGGUAUUAAAACUGUAUCAUCUAUAGUCUAUUUUAAGUACAAUACUAAAACAUUUACAUAAAUACUAUUUAUUAAACAAACGUAUAAUUUAUUAAAAUGUCUUUUUUUUAUUUUGUACAUUUUUUUUUAAUCUUGUAAAUGUUACAAACAGCCAAUUCAAACGUUGUUGUCCCAGAUGGAGGUGCGCUCGGGGACUGUGGCCCCGCCUGCAUUAGUGAACCCCUCUGGUGCUGGAUACACUGGUCAGGAGAGCCCCUGAAUCCAGCGCAAAUAUUUCCUGCGCGUGUGCUGCGCGUUCGGGACGAUGUUGCGCAUUUAACACUGUCCACACAUGCGGAAUACACAGUCCUCUUCCCCCGAAGAAGUGCUAAAGGGGUCACUCCCAUCUCUGCUCGGACUACUCGACAAACCCGAGCGAUUCUACGGAGACUACUUCUAUUCCUUUGGACAAAGGAUAACUGAUAAAGAGCCAAAGAAGGGGAAAGUGCGCUUGAUGCUUGUUGAUCAUGCCGCGGAGCCCCAUGUCUAGCGAGGAGGAAAUGGCUCAGAGUUUCUCUGACUCGGUCAGUUCGGAAUCAGACAGCUCCCGAGAUGAGCCUCCCAGGCUGGAUCGACCUACCAGUGCCCGACUGGACAACAGCCUGCGAGACACAAUAGUCAUCUGUGUGGUCAUCCCUGACCUGCAGCAGUCUAAAUCCAUGAGGUUCAGUCCUGAUGCCACAGUAUGGGUUGCUAAGCAGCAGAUCCUGUGUACACUCACACAGAGUCUGAGGGAUGUGCUCAACUACGGGCUCUUCCAGCCAGCGGUGGAUGGGAGGGAGAGUGGUUUCCUGGAGGAAGAACGACCCCUGAGAGACUAUCCACUAUCCACCAGUAAAGGCAUUCCAACCCUUGAGUUCCGUUACAAGACUAGAGUGUACCAGCAGCCAAACGUCAAUGAAAAGCAAAUAGAAAAACUCCACACACAGGUAAGACUUUUUUUUUUUUCAGAAAAAAUGUUGCUGUGACAUAUGUCGA